UGUCUUAUCCAUUGAUGUUUGCACAGUAGGUGUGGCAGCUCGGCAGGACUGACUGACUGGUGCUGCACUUUUGUGUAUGUCUGAACAAUUUGAAUCGGGGACCUUUUUUUUUGUGCCUUAUUUGUCAGAAGCAUGUCAUUUGGGUUUUACGAGCUGUGCGCCCGGGCAGAUCAUUAAGCUGCAGUGAAGUGACGGUGGUUAAAGUUUGCCAAAGUCGAACUGCUAAUCAGCGUCUGGCCCUGUUCCUCUCAGACUCUGAACCGAAGUGGGGAUUAAGCAAGAAGCAGCCACCUGAGCAACAGGUACAGCUGAACCAUGAAGAAUUACCGUCAUCGACUCUUUGAACAGCUGCUUUUCCUUCCUGUUGCACUAGUACUACUCACGGAGAUUAAUGGACAAUUUCCAAAAGGACCUUUGAAGACAAUGGAUCUGCUUGUUCUUGAGGAAACUACUGUCCCGUUAAUGAUAUAUAUGUUUGUGCCAAGUGACAGUGCUGUAAAUACGGUUUAUGUCGUGGAUAAAGCCCAAGACAGCAUACAAAUUGAGAACGGCGUAUUGUAUCUCAAUAAAUCCCUGGAUCGUGAAACACAAGCAGUCCACAAAGUACAGAUAGAAGGCCUCAAUGAGAAACAAGAGGUGGUUGAAGGACCUGCCACUGUGACAAUCAUAGUUCAAGAUAUAAAUGACAACCAACCUGUAUUUGCGGAGACCAAGUAUAAAGGGAUCGUGUGGCAGAAUUCCAGACCCGGCAAGCCAUUCAUGAAGGUAGAAGCCAAGGAUUUGGAUGACCCCAAUACUCUUAAUGGUCAAUUCCAGUACAGCAUCGUAGAGCAGCUGCCCAAUACUGGAGUUAGCUUUUUCCAGAUCGAUAAAGAAACUGGGGAAAUUUCCACCACUCAAGAAGGAUACGAGUCACUCGAUCCAUUAAAGGAAAAGCUGUACGAUGUGAUUGUUGCUGCAAAGGAUGCUGCCAAAAUACCUCUCAGUUCAAGCAUACAGGUAACGAUUGGUGUAAAGGAGAAUCUGUGGAAGUCACCUGGAAAAAUAGAUGUUGUGGAGAAUUCUACUGGUCCAUUCCCCCAGACAAUCACAAAGGUGCAGUGGAAUAAACCUGGUGCAAUAUAUGAGCUGAAGCCAAAGGACAAGAGGCAUUAUCCCGACUUUCCAUUUGUAAUUGAUGCCAGCGGUGACAUUAAUGUGACAAAACCACUGGAUAGAGAAGAGAUUAGUGAAUAUGUGCUGCUGGCAUUCGCUCUGGAUAAGAAAAGACAACGGCUGGAGGACCCAUUGGAAAUUGUGGUCACUGUUAAGGAUAUCAAUGACAAUAGACCACUUUGUCAAGAACGAGUGACAUUCCUUGAGGUGCAAGAAAAUGAACAAAGAGGAAGCGUUAUUGGAACUGUAAUUGUGAAGGACUUUGAUGAAGAUGGGAGAAAGAACUCCAUGCUGAAGUAUAAAAUCAUUGAUCAAGAGCCAAAAAUUCCUGAACCUGACAUGUUCAAGAUUGGUGAAUUUGAUGGACAUAUCCAACGUUUCAAUGGGAAUCUGGAAAAGAAAAAUGCACCCGACUACAUUAUAAGAGUCCAAGCCACAGAUCAAUUGGGAGAUGCGGCAGGUCUAAGCACCGUAUGCGUCGUCAAUAUCUCCGUCAUUGACAUCAACGACAAGAUCCCUAUCUUUGAAAAAAUGGAGUAUGGUCCCAUCACUUUACGAGAAACCACUCAAUUAGACCAUUUUGUAAUGGAAAUCCAGGCUACAGAUGACGAUGAGCCUUUAACAGGAAGCUCGGAAAUACUGUACACGAUUGUGGAUGGAGAUGAAAAUGGAACGUUCAAAAUAGUAACCGAAGAACGUACAAAUAAAGGCUUUGUACGAUUAUCCAGGCGCCUGGACUUCGAAACACAUCCAGUUUAUAGAUUAAACAUCAGUGCGACAAACCCUGAACCAUUGGUCACUGGAGUGUACUACAACACUAGCUCAUUCACUUUACUGUUUGUUAAUGUGACCGAUGACGAUGAACCGCCAUGUUUCAAGAAGCCUUUAUAUCACGUAUCGACAUUUGAAAAUGCCUCCAAAGGAGAUUUCUUGCUUAAGGUGGAGGCUUUUGAUCCUGAAGGUGGUAACAUAAGUUAUCAUCUAACACACGAUCCACGCAAAUGGUUCAAGAUUAACGCCAAAACUGGGGAGAUUUUUGUAAAUGGUGAUGUUGACGCGGAGAAGGAAAGAAUCUACAAAAUGGUGGUCACCGCAAUGGAGAAAGAUGACCCGAGGAAAAAGUCUACGGUGGACAUCUCCGUUAAUUUACGAGAUGUUAAUGACAACCGUCCCAAAUUAGCGGAAAAUACCUCGUCAUUUUUCAUCUGCAUGCCAGGCGAAGAAGAAAAGGAAGUGACUAUCCGUGCCGUUGAUGACGAUGUAGAACUAGGUCCUCCAUUCAAGUUUUCUUUGGGUCAAGUACCUGGUAAACCGCUGAAAAUUCGUCCAAUAAAUGAUACUCACGCCUCCGUCACCUUGAAGUUUGGCAAACAUGAUGUUGAAACGCAAUACAAGAUUCCUGUGAUGAUUUCUGAUAGUGGCACCCCUCCUCUACAAGGAAAGGAUUUCAUGACAGUUCAAGUGUGCAAGUGCACAGACAACAAAGUGUGCUUCAUUCCCGUGGAAAAUGAUUCCUCUUAUUCCAAAGUUGGACUUGCAGUUGGAAUACUCCUUGGAACGGCCGCUCUUAUAGCUUUGAUCCUCGUGGUUGUGUAUUUAAAAAUGAAACCUAAAAAGCAGGAAAAAACCGAUCCAUAUCCACUGGAGCUAACUAAUAAAGAGCUAACUGAUAAGGAAGCUGAGCCCUUGACGACUGCAUAACGGCAGAUUUUUACCUGUCCACUCCACGGGAAAGAAAUUAUCUCACAGGGUCAGCUUGUCAACUUAUUGAAGACCCAGUCACAACUUCAACCAGGGAUUAUUCUUUUUUACCGUGCAAACAAGUUUUAAACACUAAAAUAACUUUCGAUUUUUACCAUGGCGCACACAUCUAUGAAUAGAAUCUCACAGGACCUGAAAAGAACGUAGGGUUGUGUGCUUUGUGUGCGAUCAUUACAUUACCCUCUGCUGUUAUUAUCAUUACAUUAUACUUGGAAUAUUACCCAUAAGAGUCAUUUUCCAGUGUUUAAAUUUCCAUCCUAUUCGGACUGACAAUGCAGGUUUUUUAGAGUUUUGUUCGGCUCCGCUGAUCUGCACAAUUUAUUAUCAAUUAAUUUGGGAUUGAGAAAUGGUCUGUACCCCAAAUAUUUCUUGCCAAAAAGAAAGCAGUCAUUGUUCAUUUAAAUACUUUAUUUGUUAACUAAUCAGGGAAAAUUUCUCAAUGAACGCAAUCUUCAUCCUGGUGUGGGCUUCAAAUUUCUGUUUCUUUUUGGCUUCGGAGAUGAAAUGAUCAAGGAUUUAUAGGGUUUUUUUUACAAAAUGCCUGUUUACUUUUGUACAUGACUGUUUCACACCUUGCAUCAAUUCCAUUCUAAUGAAGUCACUACAAUGAUGUAAUGAUACAAUUUGAAAUGAUUUUUACUUUCCUUCUGUGAUUUAUGUUUGAUUUGUAAGAAACUUGCUAAAAAAGCCUUCGCACACGCACAAUAUGUGACCAUUCUGACCCUGAUAGGUGCUCUGAUCUGAGGUUUAGUUUAAUUUAGUUUGGUUCAGAGACAUGUAGUGUGGAAACAGGCCCUUCGGCCCACCGAGUCAGCGCCGACCGGCGAUCCCCGCUAUCUUACACACGCUAGGGACAGUUUACAUUUAUGUCUUUGGGCGUGUGGGCGAAAACCGAAGGUCUCGGAGAAAACCCACGCAGUUCAAGGGGAGAAUGUACAAAUUCCGGACAGACAAGCCAGGAGCCACAUAGUCAGGAUCGAACCCGGGUCUCUGGCGCUGUAAGCGCUGUAAGGCAGCAACUCUACCGCUGCGCCACCGUAGAUCCAGGUGAUCGGGAACAUUCUGACAGGUGAGCUCAGGCGGUCGUAGCCAUGACUACUAAUGGCCCUGCGAUAAGGAAACAAACAAGAAACAACAAGGCGCAGGUACCGUUGAGUUUUAAAUUAAAAAUGAAACAAAUUCUGGAACGCUGCAACAGGUCAGACAGCAUCCGUGGAUGGAGAAACAGAGCUGUGGCAAAGAAGUCUUAUUCACGAUUGUUAUCCAUUGUCCUCUACAAAAUGGCGGUCUAGGGUUACUGGGUGAGGGCCUAGAUAUGAUGAUCAUGGUGAGCAGCCUAAUGCCAAACAAUGCCUGGGUUCUCACACGAAGACUGCUCCUGAACAAAAUGUUGGGGGAUGGUUGCUGGUGUGUCUCAGUGCCAGCUGGAAAACGUGAAUUAGGAAAGAGAUUUAGCGGGUACAGUGCCCGGGGAGAUCAUGUUUUGGGUAGGCAGUGGGGAAACUGUGGCUACAGAACUAAUGCUCCCGUGGCAAUCCGAUACGAUACGAUAGAACUUUAUUUAUCCCAGGAGGGAAAUUGAUCUGCCGACAGUCAUAAAAAAAACAAAAUACACGAAACGUGAAAUUAAAAAGUGAGGAGUGGAAAGGCUUGUGGAUGUAGCAAAGACCAUCAUCCAGCUGGGCGGCCUUCGUUGGGCCAAGAACAAUUUUUAUCUCAUAAUCUUUCUGGCUCUUCCUGUCAAUGAAAGGACCGUGUAAAUAAGAAUUAUGCUUGAAUGAUAUUUUUGUGUCGGUCGUUCUAAAUUUUCCUUCUCUGUGUUAAUAAUGUUAAUGACAUGAGAAGAAGGAUGAUUAUAGUGCUUUUGUUUUGCUGCUGAGGGUUUCGAAGGACAAGCCUUUGAGAAAGAGUUCCGCGGAAAUGCUUGUAAUUUGGUGUGAGCAUGCUUGAGGUGGCAAUUGGUAUUCUGCUUGUUUUGCUUGUAAAAAAUGUGUACGUACUCAUUGUAGCCACUUUUAUUUUUUGUUUGGUGGCUAUAUAUGCUCAUUUUAGAAUACAGCUAUCUGCCGAGGUGAAUUUAUUUUCGACUUGCAGUGAUCAUCUUGUGUUGAAUGGACUCCUCAGUGUGUGCACAGAAAUGUUAUGUAGAUUAGUCGGAGAAAUAGAAAUAUUUUAAAUUGCAAGGAAAUGGGAAAUGUUGGUGCAAAGGGGAAACCCUUUUGUUCUUGCAUCCAAAUACAAAAAAAAAUUGCGUGCAAGUAUUUGCAACUAAUUCUGGAAACAAAUGCUGUGUCUGUCUUCAAUGCAAAGGGUUUGAAGAGGGAUAAGGGAAAAACCGUAUUAUAAUUACGUUAAGGUCUCGAAGGUCUUAGUGCGGUUAAAACAGCUUGCCUUCUGGUCUCCCAUCAUGAACAAGCAGAUGUGUAGGAAGGAAUUGCAGAUGCUGGUUUACACCGAAGACAGACUCAAAAUGCUGGAGUAACUCAGCAGGACAGGCAGCAUCUCUGGGUGGAAGGAAAGGAUCUCGACCCGAAACGUCUCCCAUUCCUUCUAUCCCGAGGUGCUUCCUGUCUCGUUGAGUUACUCCGGCAUUUUGUGUCUAUCUUCUAAGUAAGCAUACUGUACGUGUGCAACAAAACAUUGAUUCCCGGGAAAAAGAGGUUGUCCUUUGAGGAGACUUGGGUCAUGAUGUCAAGAGUUUAGAAGAGUGAAAUUUGAACUGUGAAAGCAUGCAGAAUUCUUCAUGUGUUUUAUGAGGGAUUGCAGGGAGAAUAUUUUCACCCUGCCUGUGUUUUGAACUUGUGUUCAGAUCUCAGAAGAAGGAAUUCGUCAUCAAAGAAGACAUUUCUUCACUCAAAUUGUCGUGAAUUUUUGCAAUGUUCUGCACAAGUAAACCCUGAUCAUUCAGAUAAUAUCUUGGGAAAGAGAGUUAAAAAAAUAAAAUCUUAUUGGAAUCAAGGAAUAUGGGAAGAUGGAGAUAAAUUGGAAGACCAGUCAUAAAGUUAAACGUUGAUGCAAGCUUAAAAGAGUAAUAUGUCGUAAUCUUGUGCUUAUUUCCUGUAUUCUUAUGUACUGCCUCUCAGGGAUUACUGGCAUUAUAAAUAACAGCAGAGCCAUCAGGGUUAUCAUGAUGGCUCUGUAUCAGGUUACAUUUAUGUUUCGGGGCUAUGAUAUCAUUUCUGAACUUAAAACUUAUAGACACUCCAUGGGAUGAACCCACAGAAUACGGGCCCACCUGCUCCUUUCUUGAAUAAGCAGAUCUGUCUUUUGGGCCGAGGGCAAUUUUUCAUUGUGAAGUCUUGUUAGGAGGUGCGUGCCGUUUCAAAGCUGGUGGGCAACAAAGUCAUUGUAAAAAGUCAACAUGGAAUCUUCUGCUGUGGCAUAUUUAGCUUUUGUGAGGGUUUAUAUUCUGCAAGGUAACCUUUUGAAAUAAACUUGAAUGUGACGUUU